AAUUCAAGCAAUACUAAGAUCUAACAAUACAUCUAAGGCCGUGAUUUCAUGGUUUUAGCCCAACAGUUGGCAGGUGAUCUGAAUUCAAGCAAUACUAAGAUCUAACAAUACAUCUAAGGCCGUGAUUUCAUGGUUUUAGCCCAACACUAUUCCAACAGAAAUAGCUGAUUUCUUCUCCUCUGUAAGCCUUCACCUCGACAGAGCAGACACCAGAGUCUCUCUUCAGUUAUAAGCCAAGCGCAGUUUCCCGCCAGAAAACUCAUAACAAUGGCGAUAAUUUUUCGAACGGCAACUCAUAGCACCAUCACUAAGAUGACAAUUCCUCGCUUGAGGUACUCCCGCCACUCCUCUUUCGCUUUUAUGUCAAAGCCUAACCCUAGAGCUGCCAAUACCCUAGAACACCCUGUGAAGGCUAACGAAAAGGAUUUACCGACAUCUACCUCUGAUAUCUUCAUUGUAGAAAAAGUUUUUCUGAAUCUGAAACAAGAAAACUUCAAUUCUUUGCACCACUUGUCUUCUCGUUUGAAUCCAUUAAUCAUCGUCGACGUCCUCUACAAAUGUAGCUCAAAUUUGCUGUUAGGUCAGAAAUUUAUAGAUUUUUUAGCGACAAUUUCGAGUUUUAGACAUUCCUCGUACUCGUUAAGUGCGAUGAUUCACAUUUUGGUCAGGAGUAGGAGAAUUUCAGAAGCACAGUCUUUGGUUCUUCGAAUGGUUCGGAAGAGUGGUGUUUCAAGAGCUGAAAUUGUUGAUUCGUUGAUAUCAACUUAUCCAAAUUGCGGUUCUAAUCCCGUGGUUUUUGAUGUUCUUGUUAGGACUUAUGUCCAGGCGAGGAAACUCAGGGAAGCGUCUGAAGCAUUUCGAAUUUUGAGAGGUAGAGGGUUUUCUCUUUCUAUAAAUGCCUCCAAUUGCCUUCUUGGGGGGCUGGUUAAAGUUGGUUGGGUUGACAUGGCAUGGGGGAUCUAUGAGGAUAUAGUUCAGAGUGGGAUUCAGGUGAAUGUUUAUACACUAAAUAUCAUGAUUAAUGCAUUGUGUAAAGAACAGAAAAUUGAAGAUGCAAACGUGUUCUUAUCUGAAAUGGAGGAGAAGGGAGUUUUUCCUGACAUUGUCACUUACAAUACCCUAAUAAAUGCUUAUUGCCGCGAGGGGCUCUUAGAAGAAGCUUUUGAUGUAAUGAACUCAAUGCCAGCUAAGGGCUUAAGGCCUGGUACUGUGACCUACAAUGCUAUCAUAAAUAGUGUUUGUAAGAAUGGAAAAUAUGGGAGAGCAAGGGAGAUUUUGGGUGAAAUGUUGCAAAGUGGGUUGAGUCCUGAUACAUCUACUUAUAAUAUAUUGCUUGGUGAAUGCUGUAGAAAAGGUCAUACAACUGAUGCUGAAGAAACUUUUUAUGAAAUGUGCCAUCAUGGUCUUGUUCCUGAUUUAGUUAGCUUUAGCUUUCUUGUUGGUUUGUUUUCUAGGAAAGGAGAUCUAGAACGGGCUUUGAAAUAUUUCAAACAGAUGAAGGGUGCUGGCUUGGUUCCAGACAGUGUUAUCUAUACAAUGCUUAUUGGAGGGUUUUGUAGAAAUGGGGAUAUAUCAGAUGCUCUUAAGAUGCGGGAUGAAAUGGUGGAGCAAGGUUGCCUCCCAGAUGUUGUUACAUACAAUACAAUUUUAAAUGGGCUGUGCAAGGAGAAGAGGUUAUCUGAUGCUGAUGAGCUUUUCAAUGAAAUGGUGGAAAGGGGGAUAUUUCCUGAUUAUUACAGUUUCACCACACUCAUUCAUGGGUACUGUAAGGAUGGGUUUGCAGACAAAGCACUAGCUUUGUUUGAGAAGAUGAUUGAGAGGAAUGUCAAGCCAGAUAUCGUUACAUAUAAUACUUUGAUUGAUGGAUUUUGCAGAGAAGGGGAUGUGGAAAAGGCUAACAAGUUGUGGGAUGAUAUGAUCUCUAGAGAAAUCCUUCCUAAUCACAUUUCAUACAGCAUUUUAAUCAAUGAACUCUGCAGUAGAGGGAAAGUGAGUGAGGCAUUUAGAUUAUGGGAUGAGAUGGUGAACAAAGGAAUUGAACCCAAUAUUGUGACAUGUAACUCUCUUAUUAAAGGUUACUGUCGUUCAGGUGAUGCAACUAAGGCUGAAGAGUUCACGAAUAAGAUGAUCACAAAAGGAAUCUCACCUGAUAAGAUAACAUAUAAUACUAUCAUUCAUGGGUUUGUAAAGGACGAAAAUAUGGAGAGGGCUUUUGCUUUGCUUAACAAUAUGGAAAAUAGAGGGAUUAUACCUGAUGUUGUCACAUAUAAUGUACUCCUGAACGGUUUCUGUGGAGAAGGUAGAAUGCAAGAAGCAAAUAAAAUAUUCAGGAAAAUGAUUGAGAGAGGCAUAGAGCCUGAUAGAUACACAUAUACAUCAUUGAUAAAUGGACAUGUUGCACAGGACAACUUGAAAGAGGCUUUUCGACUACAUGAUGAAAUGCUGCAGAGGGGUUUUGUUCCGGAUGAUAAGUUUUAAAGACCAUUCUUUUUUCAAUCAUUAAGACAUAUCAUGUUCCCCAAGCAACAGCAAGGGUGGGCCUUGGCGCAACAGUUGGGUUGCUCCAUUGCGACCUGGGUGACCAGGGUUCAAAUCUUGGAAACAGCCUCUCUGUAUGUGCAGGGUUCAGGAUGCAUACAAUUACAUCUGUCCCUCCGCAGGCCAUGCAUUGAUGGAAGCCUUGUGCACUGGGCUUCCCUUAUGUUCCUCAAGCAACAUGCCUUGGACUUAAUGGAGGUUGAAAGCACAAGGAAUAUGUGACUAAGAGGUACCUUGUUGAGACUUGUCCUCUAGUUUCAAUGAAUCUGGUAGACCAUUCCAGCUGCCCAUGCAAGCUUCCUUGCUAAUAAUUUGGCAUCUAAGAUCCUGGAAAAUUGUCUUCUGAACCUUUUAAUCUCAUUUCUGAACCGCCAAGGACACUUUUCCUCUGGACUGUUUCAUGGGAUGACUUUGUAGCAGAGGCAGCAUUUGUUGAGGCAACUUAUGUUGGUGGUGUACAGGCUUAUCCCUGAGAUGGGUGUUUCCGGAAUCUAAAUUAGUAAAGAAAGACUGUAUGUAGCAGAAACCAACACUUAGACUGAGGUCAAAGGUCCAGGUGAUGCAAAGAUGAAGUUAUAUUACUACUAGCCUGUUUGGGUGUCAAUGAAAAGUCAUUAUUGUGCCUUUACAUUUUAGAACACAAUUUCAGUACUAAAAUUUAGUUACAUCCUGUUGAUAAAAUACUGCAAGGUCAUUUAAUGAUUCCAUCAAAAUGAGUUUAUUCAAUUAAGAAAUAAAUAUAUAUAUAUAUAUUCAUUCCCAUUUUGCCUUUAUAAAACUGUACCAUUUCAGAAGAUGACUGCCAAGCUCAAAUGCUCUUUUUCCUUUUAACAAGUUGUGAAUUCUUUUCCAUCUCUUUUUUUCCUUUCUAUUUUUUUUUUUACCUCUUGUCAUUUCAUUUCAUUUCUUUUCCUUCUCUUUUUUUCCCUUUAUAUUAAUUUUUACCUAUUGUCAUUUCAUAUGACCACUGCUUAACCCCCAUUUCUUGGGCUUGCAGUAAACUAUUGAAUUCCUAACAACCCCCGCCCCCCCCCCMCCA